AUGCAGGUAAACGAAUAUCGGGGACCCAAACACCCCAAAGCAAACGCCCCUCACCCACUAUUAAGACUAGUCCCUUCAGUAAAGCGUCCACGAUUCAUAUUAUUCCUCCUCCUUCUGGUUUCGACCCCGCUCGGAGCGACUGCGAAAACAAACUUUACAAAAUGCGGCGCACGAGUCAAGGAAUUAGCCGGAAAAAAUACCCUUCCAUUUGAGGAUAUCUACGCGGGUCCUGUAAAAGGCCCACUAGGUCAGGGGAAAAACACCGAAUAUCAGGCACUCCUCAUAACAUUUGGCGCCUGCGAGAAGCACUGCGGCAGCACACCAGAUUUCUACAGCUGGCAAAAGGCUUCCGAUACAAUCACGACCUGGGUACUCCCUCUAGCGAGUCUAGUUCUCCAGGCCCCCUUCUGGAACAAUGACUUCAAAAAAAACAUAUUAGUUUUGUUCCGCUGGGUGGGCUCGCCGAUCGCUUCCAUGAUGUACAUUUUCUGGAACAUGAAGGUUACCAGGAAGUGCGCUAUUUUGGUGGACAUGAGCGUCCAGAUAAACGAUCGCCCAGGACCAGAAAGCAGUUUUGCCAAAUUGAGAGACUCUUUAUACCUCCUCAGCGUGAUUAAUCAGUACGAGCUCUGUCCACAGCUAGAAGAACACCGCAUGGAGGAAAUCCUUCGCACAGCCCUGUUCGAUGGGAGGCCAAAGAUCCAAGAGGCGAGGGAGGGGGUCACUACUAGUAUCCGCCGGGAACGCCGUCGGGGAGCUGUCCAAGUCCUAGCAUCACUAGCCUGGUUUCUGGUAGCAUUGGCGAUCUCAAUACACAAAGCCUUCGGGGAUCUUGGAGAGAACUCAACUGCUCAUAACCUCGCGCUGGGCCUGCUAGUGUGCUGGCUCCCGGUUCUCGUCGCUGCAACAAUCGUUGACAGAAAUCCAAUGGAUGCCGGGUACGUCCGCGACAAGUUGCACGCUCUCGUACUGGCCACCAUGGAGGAACCGGAGAUCCAUAGGGUCUUUGGGGGAGCCAAAUCAAAUUUCUUCGGAAAGUUUGCCGGCCAAGGCCGUGUGCGGUGGCAUUCCGGUGCGGCCUACUCAAUCCUCCGCACGCUGGAGACUAUGCCCAAUAUUGGACGGGGUUGGCUAUCUAGAACCGAGAACGUUAAUCGGCUCACUGCAAGCACCUACUCACCCCUCAUGAGGUUCGACCGCAGCCAAGGAUGGCAGAUGGCAGCUGCCUUCACGAUGGUCUUCUCCUGCAGUAUGGGCGCCUUCAUUGUUAGCUACUUCACGCCUACCGUCGGCCUGGGCUGCCGCUCCGGAGGGUAUAUGAUCUUUGGUCUCAACGCAUCGGGCUGCCUGCUCUUGGAACUGGCCGCAUGGGCAGUCUUACACUCGCGAACGAAACGGAGGGUAGUAGGGUGGUUCCUGUGCUUCUGGGAAUUCAUAAACUCCUGUUUGCUCGUAUGCAUCAUCAUCGCGCAGACUUUUGGGAUCUACAACAACUGCUAUUGCAAGUCCAGCAUGUUGGGCGGCGCCGGAGGGUACAUGGACUUUGAGAGUGUGCAAUACUACAAGUCCUACAACGUUGAGAUCAGCUGGUUUCUUGGUACACUAAUCACAUGUGUGUUCUCUGGC